AUGUUACCAUUCAAUAUCAUGGGCCACGUCGCUGCGAAACCUCAAGCAGAACCUCAAGCAGAACCUCAAGCAGAACCUCAAGCAGAACUUCGAGCAAAGUUUCAAGCAGAACUUCGAGCAAAACUUCGAGCAAAACUUCAAGCAGAACUUCAAGCAGAACCUCGAGCGCCUCCCCCUUACGCUCCUCCAACACCACCAAACGAGGAAGACAACAAUUUUAUUCAUAAUGUCCAUCAGCAGCCCCAGCCCGCCAGCCGCGUGACCGAGCGCAUCCACUCCACGAGAGCUCAAGAAGCACUAUUGCUCUUUUUUCUUUGCGGCUUCCUGGCGGAGGUAGUUUGGCACUUAAUUAUGGGCAUAGACGCGCGAAAUUCCGUGCUUCGCGCAAUCAAGCGUUGGCCCGUGAUUUAUAUUAUCUCCAGAGUGAGUCUUCACUGGGCCAUGUACGAGGCUGAAGAUGCCGAGGGAGACGAGGAAGAUUAG